CAAAACCCGACGAAAUGGCUCCUCUCAAGCUUAACAACAAGAACCUCUCACAGAUCUCGGCCGCGGCCGGCGGCGAGACGCAAGUGCAGGUGCCGACCUACGAGCGUGGCUCGGCCGUCAAGGAGGGCAUCGUACACGUCGGGGUAGGCGGAUUCCACCGGGCGCACCUGGCCGUGUACGUGGACCAGCUGAUGCAGAAGCACGGGGUACGCGACUACGCGAUCUGCGGCGUGGGGUUGCAGCCGUUUGACGCGACGAUGCGGGACGCACUGGGGGCGCAGGACCACCUGUACACGGUGAUCGAGCGGUCGGCAAAGGGCAGCUUCGCACACGUGGUGGGCAGCAUCAACUCGUACCUGUUCGCGCCGGACGACCGCGAGGCGGUGAUUGCCAAGAUGGCGCACGCCGACACGCACAUCGUCUCGCUGACCAUCACCGAGAGCGGCUACUACUACAACGAGAACACGCACGAGCUGCAGAGCGAGCACCCGGACAUCCAGUACGACCUCGACCCGGCGCACGAGGGCGCCCCGCGCACGACAUUUGGGUUUUUGUACGCGGCGCUGGCGCGGCGGCACGCCCAGGGCCUCAAGCCCUUCACCGUGAUGUCGUGCGACAACAUGCAGAAGAACGGCUCCAUCACGCGCCACAUGCUGGAGUCGUUCGCCCGGCUCAAGAACCCCACCAUCGCCGCCUGGAUCGCGCAGCACGGCGCCUUCCCCAACGCCAUGGUCGACCGCAUCACGCCGCAGACCUCGGCCGCCGACAAGACGGCGCUGGCCGAGUCAUUCGCCAUCGAGGACCGCUGGCCCGUCGUCACCGAGCCCUUCAUGCAGUGGGUGAUCGAGGACCAGUUCGCGGACGGGCGGCCGCCCUUCGAGCGCGUCGGCGUCCAAGUCGUCAAGAACGUCCACGACGUCGAGCAGUUCGAGAAGCACAAGCUCCGCCUGCUGAACGGCAGCCACUCGGCGCUGGGCUACCCGGGCCAGCUGGCCGGGUUCAAGUACGUGCACGAUGUGAUGGAGAACCCCGUCUUCAACAAGUUCGUGUGGCAGAUGAUGCAGACCGAGGUCAAGCCGCUGCUGCCGGACAUCCCGGGCGUUGACAUCGACGAGUACUGCCGCACGCUCAUGGGCCGCUUCGAGAACCCCACCAUCAUGGACCAGCUGCCGCGCAUCUGCCUCAACGCCUCCGGCAAGAUCCCCCAGUUCAUCAUGCCCUCCAUCGCCGAGGCCAUCUGGGUCAAGGGCCCCUUCCGCAAGUUGUGCUUCGUCGCCGCCGCCUGGUUCCGCUACGUCAACGGCGUCGACGAUGCCGGCAAGUCCUUCCCCGUCGAUGACCCCAUGCGCGACGAGCUCCAGGCCAAGGCCCGCGCUGGCGGCGCCACCGAUCCCCGCCCCCUGCUGAGCAUCAAAACCCUCUUCGGUGACGACCUGCGCAGCGACGAGCGCUUCCUCAAGACCAUCUCCCAGGCCAUGGAGGAGAUCGACCGCGACGGCAUCCUCAAGACCCUGCCGAAGUACGUCGACUAAGUCCUACCUCCUUACGACUGUCCGGAAUAUUUUUUUGUUUGGGGAAUCAAGCUGGUCAAAAAUAAUUCGAAUUAUAAGUUGCGAAGCCUGCAAGCGAGUGUUUUAACUUUUUGGUUUACAUGUUUAUAUGCUUUUGGCUUUUUUUACUUUCGGUCAUGGUAUGCGUCAUGCGGGAUUGAGUUACGAUGGAAACAAAAAACUUUCUAUAUAGAGAGAUAGAUGACGAUAG